ACCCCUAGCUGGAGAGGUGCACGUGACCCUCCCGGGGCCAGUCACGUGAGGCGCGGAUCCUGGUGGGGAGGGGGUAGGCAGAGGGGUCCGGAGUGGCAGUAAAGGAGGAAGAUGGCGGGGUGCAGGGGGUCUCUGUGCUGCUGCUGCCGGUGGUGUUGCUGCUGCGGCGAGCGUGAGACCCGCACCCCUGAAGAGCUGACUAUCCUUGGGGAAACGCAGGAAGAGGAGGAUGAGAUCCUUCCAAGAAAAGAUUAUGAGAGCCUGGACUAUGACCGCUGCAUCAAUGACCCUUACCUGGAAGUACUGGAGACCAUGGAUAAUAAGCAGAAAGGGCGAAGGUACGAGGCAGUGAAGUGGAUGGUGGUGUUUGCCAUUGGAGUCUGCACCGGGCUGGUGGGACUCUUCGUGGACUUCUUUGUGCGGCUGUUCACCCAACUCAAGUUUGGAGUGGUUCAGACAUCAGUGGAGGAGUGUAGCCAGAAAGGCUGCCUGGCCCUGUCUCUCCUGGAGCUCUUGGGUUUUAACCUGACCUUUGUCUUCUUGGCCAGCCUUCUUGUCCUAAUUGAGCCGGUGGCGGCGGGCUCUGGGAUCCCUGAGAUCAAGUGCUAUCUGAAUGGUGUGAAGGUGCCGGGAAUUGUCCGGCUCCGGACCCUGCUCUGCAAAGCCUUCGGAGUGCUGUUCGGUGUGGCCGGCGGCCUGUUUGUGGGGAAGGAGGGCCCCAUGAUCCACAGUGGGGCCGUGGUGGGAGCUGGCCUUCCUCAGUUUCAGAGCAUCUCCUUACGGAAGAUUCAGCUUAACUUCCCCUACUUCCGAAGUGACAGAGACAAGCGAGACUUCGUGUCGGCAGGGGCGGCUGCGGGCGUUGCCGCAGCGUUUGGGGCCCCGAUCGGGGGCACCUUGUUCAGCCUGGAGGAGGGCUCGUCGUUCUGGAACCAAGGGCUCACGUGGAAAGUGCUCUUCUGUUCUAUGUCUGCCACCUUCACUCUCAACUUCUUCCGUUCUGGAAUUCAGUUUGGAAGUUGGGGUUCCUUCCAGCUCCCUGGAUUGCUGAACUUCGGCGAGUUCAAGUGUUCUGACUCUGAUAAAAAAUGUCAUCUCUGGACUGCUAUGGAUUUGGGGUUCUUCGUCGUGAUGGGGGUCAUUGGGGGCCUCCUAGGAGCUACAUUCAACUGUCUGAACAAGAGGCUUGCAAAGUACCGUAUGCGAAACGUGCACCCGAAACCUAAACUUGUCAGAGUCUUGGAAAGCCUCUUGGUGUCCCUGGUAACCACCGUGGUGGUGUUUGUGGCCUCGAUGGUGCUGGGAGAAUGCCGACAGAUGUCCUCUUCGAGUCAAAUCGGUAAUGGCUCGUUCCAGCUCCAGGUUACAUCAGAAGAUGUGAAUUCAAGUAUCAAGACCUUCUUCUGUCCCAAUGACACCUACAAUGAUAUGGCCACACUCUUCUUCAAUCCCCAAGAGUCUGCCAUCCUCCAGCUCUUCCACCAGGAUGGGACUUUCAGCCCCAUCACCUUGGCCUUGUUUUUCAUCCUCUAUUUCCUGCUUGCUUGUUGGACUUACGGCAUUUCUGUUCCAAGUGGGCUUUUUGUACCUUCACUACUGUGUGGAGCUGCUUUUGGACGAUUAGUUGCCAGUGUCCUAAAAAGCUACAUUGGACUGGGCCACAUCUAUUCAGGGACCUUUGCGCUGAUUGGUGCCGCUGCUUUCUUGGGUGGGGUCGUCCGCAUGACCAUCAGCCUCACAGUCAUCCUAAUUGAGUCCACCAACGAGAUCACGUACGGGCUCCCCAUCAUGAUCACCCUGAUGGUGGCCAAAUGGACAGGGGACUUUUUUAAUAAGGGCAUUUAUGACAUUCACGUGGGCCUUCGAGGUGUGCCACUCCUGGAAUGGGAGACAGAGGUGGAAAUGGAUAAGCUGAGAGCUAGUGACAUCAUGGAGCCCAACCUGACCUACGUGUACCCGCACACGCGCAUCCAGUCCCUGGUCAGCAUCCUACGCACAACCGUGCACCACGCCUUCCCGGUGGUCACUGAGAAUCGGGGCAAUGAGAAGGAGUUCAUGAAGGGCAACCAGCUCAUCAGCAACAACAUCAAAUUCAAGAAGUCCAGCAUCCUAACCCGUGCCGGUGAGCAGCGCAAGCGGAGCCAGUCCAUGAAGUCCUACCCGUCGAGCGAGCUGCGCAACAUGUGUGAUGAGCACGCAGCCCCUGAGGAGCCAGCCGAGAAGGAGGACCUCCUGCAGCAGAUGCUGGAGCGCAGAUACACCCCCUACCCCAACCUGUACCCUGACCAGUCCCCGAGCGAAGACUGGACCAUGGAGGAACGCUUCCGGCCACUCACCUUCCAUGGGCUGGUCCUGCGCUCACAGCUCGUGACCCUGCUUGUGCGCGGCGUCUGCUACUCUGAGAGCCAGUCGAGUGCCAGCCAGCCACGCCUCUCCUACGCCGAGAUGGCCGAGGAUUACCCGCGGUACCCUGACAUCCACGACCUGGACCUCACUCUGCUCAACCCAAGGAUGAUUGUGGAUGUCACCCCCUACAUGAACCCUUCGCCCUUCACUGUGUCCCCCAACACCCACGUCUCCCAAGUCUUCAACCUGUUCAGGACAAUGGGCCUGCGCCACCUGCCCGUGGUGAAUGCUGUUGGGGAGAUUGUGGGGAUCAUCACGCGACACAACCUGACACAUGAGUUCCUGCAGGCGAGGCUGCGGCAGCAUUUUCAGACUCUCUGACGCCCGCCCGCUGCUCCUUGCUCAUACCGUGGCCACCACGGGCUGCGCUGUCCCAGGACACAAAUGUUCUUGAAAGCCUGGAAUCAUGGAGCACUUGCUGGGCAGAGACGCCGGGAAUGGUGUUAAGUCGUCAGAGUCGGGACUUCCCUGACCACCUCAGCAAGUACCCUCUUCCCUGCUCCCCACUUCCCAUGCCUGGCGUUGGCAUAGCCCUGCCCAGGCCCCAAAGGACCAGGACAGAGGCAGCAGCCAGCCAGCCCCACCUUCCCUGCUCUCCUGGGGAGCCCUGCUGGUGCCUUCACCCUCUGGGAGGGCUUGGGCCAAGGUCCGUUGCAGAAUCACAUUCACCACUAGGUGGAGGAGUGGGGUGCUGACAAGGCUUCCCUCGGGACUGCCUCCCCUGGACACUUGUCCUCUCCCGUGGAUCGGAGGGGUGCCCUGGCUUCCUGAGGCGUGAGUCUCCUCAGAGCCCCGGCCUGCAGGACGUAGCAUUAAAGUCCCGCAGAUGUUCUGUGAUGAAGAGUGCAGUCGUGGGGUCAGACUGCUGUCCCGCUUGUUUUUGACGUCUCUCCCCGCCUGCCCCAGCCCCUGCUCACUGAGUGACUGCUCUUGCUCAGUCUGUGCGUGUCUUCCUGGUGAGACGGCACAACUCAGUCUUGGCCUCACCUCCAGAGUUAACCAAAAGCAGGGCGCCCUGAGACAGAACCCUGAGGGACAGCAUGAGACCAUCUCGCAGGUGGGGGCGUUAGUCAUGGGCCAGGUCGCUGCAGGACAUGCUGGGGAGAAGCAGUGGCUUUGAGAGGGGAAGCGUCUCCCCUCACAGCCCUCUCUCCCCUGCUGGCCAGCGCUCUGUCCUCCUGAGCGGCCAGAGGUGGGAGCUCGGGCUGGGCCUGUAGUGCUGUUGGCGCUGGGAGGCAGGGAACCUGGGGCCUUCGGCACUGCGCACAGGAGAUCCGCACGCACCCCAGCCCAGCCCAGCCCUGGGUGUGCCUCCCAGGCCACAGUUUCCUUCGGAGCAUGCGCCUGGGAGAACCCAGGGUAGCAUGUUCGCAUUCAUCUUCCCACAGCCUCGGGCGUCUGUCGGCAUCGGUCCAGCAGCCCUCCUCAACAGCUCUUGGGACUCAGGUGGCAUCAUUGGUAGUUAGUGUUUUUUAACCCAUGAGGCCUCUGGGUCGGGCCUGGCUUCUCACAGUGUGAGCUUGGGUUGCUUGGACCGGGCCAGCUGGUGUCAGGUAUACAGUGUGCUCUGGAGGACUGUCCACACCCACGAAGGGCUGCUUCCCCGUCCCUGUGGUCCUGUCCCCUACCCUGCUUGUGUUUUUGACCAAAAUGAUUGAUUUCUACAGCUUCUGAUUUUUGCAGCUUCUCUGGAUGCUGGCUGCUGCCGGGUCUUAGGGCAGCAUUUGGAGCUCAACCACGUUGUUCUCUCAUAGAGCAGGAAGGCUAGCAGUUGCCAGGCGUGGUGGCACAUGCCUGUAACCCCAGCUGUUCUGGAGGCUGAGGCAGGAGGAUGGAGGGCUCGAGG